UCCAUGAUACACAAGUGGAAGUAUUCUUUGGAACGGGGACACAAAGGCUAUUUACACACACUGUUUGUAGCACCUCCGUCGCUGUAGGAGUGAUUAUUUCAAAAUGUGCAAAGUGGGACCUCUUCAUGUUUUGAAGAUCUUAUUUGGGGUCAUUUGGGACAUGUGCUAGCCGUAAACUGGUCUAUUGUUCAAGAAGGAGGCAUAAAAUUGUUAAACAUUGUGUAUUGUUUAGAGUGGCUAUUGGGACAUUGCGAGCUGAGUAAACAAGUUCUUGGCAUAAACAUGAUGAAAAGAUUUGCCUUCCGUUUUGAAGCCAGUGAACAAAGGAGAAUCAGGUGAAGAAGAUAAAAAGGAAAUUCCUGUGCAUCAUUGGGCAUUGGAUGUGGAAUGCACCAUUUGGAACUUGGUGCAUAAUUCAGCAUGUUCCUACAUUGUAUGUGACUUGUCUGCCCAUGCGCACAUGGUAUCCGUUCUCCGAACUGACUGGGCUAUAAGACCCGUUCUCAUCAGUCGGCGUUCUCAGGUUAGUCGGAAACACUUCACAGAUUGGAUGAGUUUGUGAUGAGCGUGGUACACGGCGGCAUCAUCAUAAAUUCACAUUUUCAGCUCAUACUUUUUCACCAGCUUUCUUUCCGACGAAUUCUCAUGAGACUCUUCAUCUUCAUCGCUCCAAGAAUGUUUCUCCAAUCCUUUACAUGAUCAGUCAGUACUACAUGUACAUUAAUUAGAAAUCAUCAUGGCAACCAAAACCAACUUUGAUAAUGACCAGGUGGAAAGAUUGAAGGUCUGGUUUGACAUCAAUCCCACACCUAGCAGGAAUCAAGUAGAUCAUAUCUCAUCUCAGCUGCAAGUGAUGUCAGCCCAUGUUUGGAUGUGGUUCCAUCAACAGCAGAACCGAGUGAAGGCCAAACCAUACAUCAGUCCACAGAAAGUGAAGACAGCAUCCCUAAGUAAAGGAUUGAGCUCCUCUAUGCCCCAUGCGCACAAAGCAAAGACCGGUUCUUUGUCAAAGCAAUUAGACUGUACUUAUGGAAAUGCUCAUAAAAACCGAGAUGUUCAGGAACAUGUGAAAGGAGCGGAAGAUAGGAGAAAAGAUAGGGUACAAGCAAGGAAGGGACACAUCAGAGGAAUACUCAGAAAGCAAGAUACAAGGCAACAUAGUGAUGCAAGAUCUGCGGAAGGAUGUUUUAAUCGGACAGUGGAAUCAGCGGAGACGAGAGGGCGAAUGAGAGUGAAUUUCAAGGACGGUGGUGAUGUUGGUAUGGUGAAUGGAUCAGAGGUGAUGCAAAGACUUGAACCCAUGCAGGGCUGUAUCAAGAGAAAAGACAAGGUGGCAGACUCUGUGGAACAUAAAAGGACAAGAUCUUCACCAGGAGAUGUCGGGAUAAAACAUAAAAUAGGAAAUCCCCAGGAGAGCAGUGCCACAAAACUUCAAAAGGAUUCCAUUCACAGAGAAAGAAAAGAAGCAGAGUCACAUCAGUAUAUCAGAAGGAAACCAGCGCAGGGUAGCAUGACCAGAAUAGUGAAAGAAGUGGACACACGGAAGUCUAUGAGAAAGAAACUUGUAUCUAGAUCUGAAAAGAAAAUACUGAAAGAGGCAGAUUCCCAAAAUUUUCUUGUUGUUAAACCUGUUCUAAGGGGCAUUGAAAGAAGAGAUAAAGUAGCAGAUUCUCGUGAGCGUGGAGGAUUGAAAGCUACACAAGGUGGCAUAAACACCGCCAAGAAAGUAUCCGAGAAGAAGAGGUCUUUGCUGCAAUCGGAGUGUCUUCUGAAACAAAAUCAACUCACCCACAAAGUAAAGAACACUGUUGUACCAAAGAAAAUGGAUGCAACCAGCAAUAUCAGUCAGGUUGGCUACCAAAGAGCGAUAGAACCAGAAGGGACACGACAAAGAGGAGUCACCUCCACUCCAGUUAGUAUUAAUAGGACAGUUGAAGUAGAGAGGAAACAUGAAAGACAAAUAAAAGGUCCCGUCACCAGAAGAAAAGUCCCAGAGGUCCUUGGUUCUCUGGUUAAUGAGCAUCAUAGAGCAGCUGAGAAGAAUUUAAGGAACCUAAAUCAUUGUCGACCUGUAGUAGAGGUAUCCUCAUCCUCCAUUCACAAAAAGAAAUGCAAAGAUAGUUCCAGAAAAGGAAAGAAAAUCAAAAUGCUUCUUUCUCAGAAACCAAAUCCUUUAAUGAAUGAGGCAAAGACUGGGAAUGUGCUUAAAGAAAGUGGUGGGUGUGAAGAGAAAUCCAAAUUAAAGUGCAAGAUGCCAGCUAGAACUUCCACCGGGCGUACAGGCCUCUUUUCUGCUCUCUCAUUGCCACAAGGAAAGGCCAACAUCAGUCUGUCUGAUUCUUCAGAUGCAGAAGACUUCCAAGAUGAUCAAAAUAAGAGAACUCACAAAUUAACAAAGAAAAAGAAGGACAUGACAGAUGCCUUGGGAAAUAGCAAGUCCAUUCCAGUUCUUUCAAGGAAAAGACAGCACAGUGCUCUUGCAGAUUGUGCAAAUAGAAUGACAGAUGGGAGAAACCUGACAAGAAUUCCGUUGAAGUCUUCAAGUCAGGUGCAUCAAGAUAAUAAGAAAAACCUACCUGUAUCACCAGUAAAAUGUGAUGUAAGUUCUACAUCAACCAGUCAGUCAUCCGUCGUUUCUUCCACAGUAGAGGAAAUAAGCGCUCUGCAGAACCAUCGUCAUAAGAGACGUCCCUUGUCUCCAGAUUCUCCAGACAAGAACUCUUGUGAAAUAGACAUCAGAAUAACAAAGCGUUUGUUGCAAGGAAAGAACAGUGAAGAAAUGAAUUCUGGCAAAGAAGUUGGAAAAAGAUGUGACCCUGUUAUUUCAGAUGACAAAAUCUGGGAUCCUUACAGUGGCAACUUUCUAUUCAAAAGGGAACUGUCUGUCAAUUUGAUAAAGAUUAAUCUGUCUUCUUACUCUGACCGGAGAGAGGUUACUGUUUCUAGCAAGAUGAACUCCACCCGUCGACAUAAGGAAAACAAAGACAGCAACCCACUGUGUAUAGAUGACAAGACUGAUAUUAAUGCCAAUGUGUCUGUGAAAUUAUCCAGUGUGCCAAAGGCAGCGGAGAAAUCCAUCUGGAGUUCGAUUGCCUCCUCAGUGGAGACAUCGAAUAAGGUAUGGAGUUCAAUAGCAUCGCCAACAGAGACAUCGCUCAAAGAGAUACCCUUCAUUGAUGGUUCAUCCUUACAAGAUCAGGAAUCAAACAAGUUAUGGAGUUCAAUUGCUUCCUCAGCUGAGAAGUCCACCAAGGAUAUACCGUUCAUGGAGAGGCCAGCGUCACCAGAUGGAGAAUCAACACCUUCUUCAUCUCAAGACACUCUGGCAAGCAAUGAGGACCCCAACAGAGGAAAUACAGAGAGUAUAUUUGAGGAUGACAGUUGUGAAGUGAGUUCUUCUGUUGAUCUUGAGAAGGUUCCAGCAGAUUUGUCAGGAGAAGUGGAAGGGAUUGAGGAGACUUUUUCAGCAGUUGUGAAGGAAAGUAAAGAAAAUGAGAAGAUAUCAGGAUAUGCGAUGGAAAACACAGAAGACAAGGAGAAGUCUCCGGAAGAAGAGGCUGAAACCAUGACAGAAGUAGAACAGACUUCUGCUGAUGAGCUAGAAGACAUGGAAGUUAACAAAGAAAAAUAUCAGAACGCUUCGGAUAAUUUGAUGGAAAGCGAGGAAGAAUUUGAAGAGACUCCGGUAGUAUUAAUGGAGUUCAUGGAAGAAGCUGAGAAAAGUCCUGCUGAUUUUGUGGAAAACUGUGAAGCUAACAAAGGGCCUGUGGAACGAGAGAGAAGUACAGAAGAUGUCGAGAGGACUGGAGCGGAUUCGGGGGAGACCCCAUUAGAAGUUGACAAGAUUUCUGAGGAAUUGAUGAAGAGAACUAAAAGCAGUUGUGGGAAGGAGGAGGAGGAGAAGGAAAUUAGUGAAAAGCCAGCCACAGAGUGCCAAGAUUUGUAUGAGAACAUAGACUCUCCUUAUUAUGACAUCUGCUCACCAUACAUGGUAGUAGAUGAAGUCAGUUGCAGUGAUACAGAGGAAAUUGAGCCUAAAAUGACUGCAAGUCAAGAGGAUUCCUCAGUAAGUACCCACUCUUCAAGCAAACUUGAAAGCCCUUCUUCAAAGGUUGUGAAAAAUGCAGAAACGAGUGAAGUCUCAGAGCUUGAUUUAAGAGAUGAUGAGGAGAUAGUGGUCAGUUGCAGUGAUACAGAGGAAACUGAGCCUAAUAUGACUGCAAGUCCAGAGGAUUCCACAGUAAUUACCCACUCUUUAAGUAAACCUGAAAGCCCUUCUCCACAGGUUGUUAAAAAUGCAGAAACUAGUGAAGUCUCAGAGCUUGAUAUAAGUGAUGAUGAGGAGAUAGUGGUUUCCUCAUUGCCGCCCAAGAAAACAAGGAAGGAAUCUCCUGGAAACAAAGUAUCGAAGGAUCAGUCGGUGGGAAAGGGAAUAUCAGCUGGUGCUUUUAAACCCUCUGCAAGCAGCCCAACUAACCCUACAUCUUCAAAGGCAACAAAGAAAAAGGAUUCACCUAAAGUGGUUGACUUUGACUGUUGUAGUGAAACCGAUGAAGUGAUACUUAUGUCCACAGUAGCUCCAAGCACUCCCAGUUCCAAGGAUUUUAUGAACGGGACCCCUGACCUUUCAAAGAAGGGGUCUGAAAAGGGUAGUCCUAAGAGCCUCCAAAUCGAUGCCCCAGCGACAUCUGUUAACCAAGUCUUGCCCAUUGCAUUGGAAAAUGUUACACUUCUGCAUACUCCAUCAGUCAGAGAUAGUCUUUCAGAGAGCCAGGGUGUAUCAGAUAGUACAGAGGAAAAGUCCAAUGAUCCUGUUGAUAUGAACACAACACCUGAUGCAGACAUGGAACUAGACUGUAAUGAUAUUGAAUUGGACAUGAUCUGUGAUGAUAUUAAAUUGGACAUCAUCUGUGAAAAUGUCUCGACCAUAUCCAAUGAUUGUGAUGAUCACAAGUUAUCAGAGAGGCUUCUCGCCACAUCAAAGCAGGAUGUAGGACGUAACGACUCAUCAUCAGAUGAACUUGUCAUAGACAUGGAACCAUGUGAUCAGAUGGACCAACCUCUCCAAGACCAAAAUGUUUCAGAAAAUACCAGCGGUUCCCUAAGGGAUAGUGAAGAUGUAAGUCUAGACCCACCAGGGUGGAGUGUUGAUUGUAAUGAUUCAUCAUCAGAUGAACUUGUCAUAGACAUGGAAGCAUAUGAUCUAAUGAAAUAUCCUCCCCAAGAACAAGAUGUUCCAGAAGAAACCUCUGCUUCCCAAGGUGAUCCUGCAGUAGACUCAGCAGAAGACGAUGUCAAACUGGAUAACUAUCAAGCUUCAGAUGAGCUCAAUUCAUGCUGUGAUGCAGACACAAGCCUCAAUGCUGCAGAAGAUCUCAAAUCAGAUGAACUUGAUGAAGCAGAGCAGAGUGUAGAGGAUGGGGAUUCAGUACAUGUCAUAGAUGUGAAUGCAUGUGGUGAGGUGGAAAGUCCACUCCAUGCAAUGGAUGCUUUAGAAAAUGAUGCUGUAGUAGUAGCAGGAACAGACUCUUCACAGGAGAAUAAUGAACUUAGAGACUCGACAUCAGAUGGGCUCUGUAGUGAUGAGAUAACAUGUGAACAGAAAGAGUGUUCUCUCGCAGGGAAUGACCCUGCAGGAAUUAAUACCACUACAUCCAGAAGUGAUGCUUCCGAAGAAAAGUGGGACUCUGUCAAGUUGACUGUGGUUCAUGAGGAUUCAACAUCUGAUGAACUUGUCAUAGAUAUGGAAGCUUGUGAUCUGAUGAAAUGUCCUCCCAAAUAUCCUGCCCAAGAACAAGAUGCUCAAGAAGAUGUCUCUGCUUCCCCAGGUGAUCCUGCAGUAGACUUAUCAGAAGUCUCUGCUUCCCCAGGUGAUCCUGCAGUAGACUUAUCAGAAGACGAUGUCAAACAUGAUAACUCUCAAACUUCAGAUGAGGUCAAUUCAUACUGCGAUGCAGACACAAGCCUCAAUGCUGCAGAAGAUCUAACAUCAGAUGAACUUGACGAAGCAGAGCGGAAUGCAGAGCAUGAUGCUUCCGAAGAAAUGUUAGACCCUGUCAAGCAGACUAUGGUUCAUGAGGGUUCACCAUCUGAGGAUGAACUCUUCAAAGAUGCGACUACAUGUGAUCCAGUGGAGAGUCCACUCGAAGACAAUGCCUUUACAGAGAACAGUGUCAACACAUCCCUUGACAGUUUCAUUGCAUCUAAAGCAAAUACACCUGCAUAUGGUGCAGAGUCCUCAAGCUCGGUUACAUGUGUAAUGGAUCAAGGUUCAUUGGAAGAAGGUUUGAUGACAAGCGGUGGAAAUCCUCCAUUGGAGGAAGAAAGUUUUGGAAAUGUCGGAGCAGUUCUGGGUGAAGUUGAGGAUCUUGUUCCUGCCAGAGGCUCCGCUCCUUCAAGCGAUGAUUCUGUACCUUGUGAAACCAAGGUUCAUGCUGACAGGAAGGGAUCACCAUCUGUCAAGGCAGGAACAACCACCACAGAACUUUCAGAGGUAUUUGAAGCAGGAGACUUAGCAGUUACUGCUAUUAAUUCAUCUGCCACUUCGGAGGAUCAUCAACCCCAGACUAGUUCUUCAAGUGAUGCUGCAAAUCUUUGGCCUGCUAAAACUGACAUAAAAGUCAGAUCUGAACCUGGUGUUGCAGCAGAGAAGGACACCCUGUCGGGAACAAAUACUCCUAGUGGAGAUUUGAAACCUUCAAACAAGGAGAAUUCUGCAGAAAAGGUGAAGCAUCCCAGGAGUCUAUCUAAACUUGUGUUGGACCUUACACAAAAACUUGGAAUUUUAGCUAGAAAGGCAUCUGUUGGUAGCUUGGAUCUCCCAAAAAGCACUGUUAGUAUCAACCACAAAGCUCGCUACUCCAAGAAGUCUUCAUCGUUGUCGUCAUCAUUGUCGUCAUCUUCUACGGAGGCAGCCCCUCAGCCAUCCAAGCCCAUCCAGGAACCAAGACGUGGUUCUAAGCGGCGUCGUGUCAUUACCAACACGAAUCUAAAGAGACCUCCCAUCCCAGAGGCUGUGCAGAUUCGCAUCCAGCAGUUGAACCCGUAUCCAUGCGACCACAACUGGAAGCGUAAUGCGGCCAUGGUGGAGCUGGCGCAGAAGGAGCUGCAGCUUGAUUGCCAGCCGGGUGAUAUCAGCUUUACCAAAGCUCUCAACUUGGCAGCCAAUUUGGAGUUGUCUAAUGAACCAUUGAUGGGUGCGAGAGGCAACACCAUGGGGAGUCUGAACUUCUAUUACCAGCCAGAUAUGGAUCCAACCAAUGCUGUCUCGGCGGGCGCAACGGUCAAAGAUUCCUGUGGUGCCACUGUUGCUACAAGUAAUGAAAACUCUUGUAGCCAGAGAGUGGAUGCUCAGCCAAGUAGCGGCUCGAUGGACUCUGGGUGGUCAACCACUGUGGAGGAUCAUCCCCUUGUGCGUCAAUUGCUGUGUGGAACAGAGCCUGUGAAACAGAAGCGGUCAAGGUCCAAAAGUGGCAAAUUAAACAAGGACAACAAGUCUAGGAGGAGGAGGAAAUCUUCCGAUGACAUUCCAUGGGAUGGAAGCUUCUCUGAGAAAGAUAUUCGUGAAGAAUGGAUGCAGUUACUGAAGGUCAUGGAAGAAUCGACCCUUUCUGGAGAUGAAGGACAACCUUCCAGCUCUGGAACUACUGUCCCCUCUUCGUCUGUAACAGCAUCCGCUUCAGAGGGGGAUCUUGGUUCUUCAGCAGUUGUCUCUGUAGAGGGUCUUCCUUCUGCACCUCUCAGGGUGACUGCUUCUGCUUCGACAAUGGCUUCUGCAGAGGAUCAAUUUCCUGCGGCAACUGGCUACCAGGCAGCAACACUGGGAGUGCCAGAGACAUCAACUGCUUCUGCCUCAGAGGCGGACGAUCUCUCCGAUAUGCCUUCCAUCUUGAGGGUUUUCUCACUGCGAGAUGAAGCACAGGAGAGUUGUCCGACGCUGGAACCGUCUGGACUUGGUAGCUUUGAUCUCGAUUCUGCAAGGAUAGUAGAGGAACAGCGCACGCCUUCUGAGGUCUAUUCCCUUGCAGCCACCGCUGCAGCUGCUUCAGCUGCAAGAAAUGCUCUGAACACUACCCAUCCCGCUUCAUCAUUACCAUCCUAUCAACAAGCACAAUCUUGGAACAGGAAGAGACAUUCAUCACAAACGUAUGGUUCUACAGACGGAGUCCCUCCUGUAAAAUCAGCAGCAAGAGCAGUGAACGGUUCUACUUUCCAAGAAUUUCCUGGUCGGACCAUGCAACAAAGGCAGAUAAGACCCCAGCCAGUGCCUUCUAGUUGUCGUAAUCAGAGUGGUAAUUUAUCAGGGACUGUACAAACCAUAGCUUCCAAUAAUAAUAUCAUCAACUCUACGUCUAGCAGCGUGCCUUCCGGAAUCUCUCCCAACAACCACCUGAUCAAUAUUCCCAUGGCGAGUCCAUCUUCCUCAAAUACGCAGGGCGCAACGUGUGUCCAGUCCGCAUCGCCGAUUCUUGUUGCAUCCCAGCCCCCGGUCAGUCUUGUCCCUGUACCACCUGUGGCUCAACGACAGGUGCAGCAACCACUACUGCAGUCACUCCUUAACCCCCUCAUCCUCAACCAGGAGCUUCAACAGCGGAGGUUCAGUGACAGUCCUCCCCUCUGUACCCCUUAUCCAAUCACAACCGUGUCUGCCAAUGUCAUCUCAGGACACCCUGGAGUUACACUCAACUCUCUUCCCAGACAGCCUGUACCUGCAGGGAAUAUCCCUGGUCCUGUCAUUGGCUACCUUGCUAGGAAUGUGACGUUACCAACUCCUGCGAAUACCCAGUGGACCCAGCCAUCGACGUCCCUACAACUCACUCCUGUCAAUUCGCAGACGUACAGUAACGAUCUGAAUAAUCAGUCAAAAACUAUCUAUUACACUGCCCAGGGCUCUACAUUAACAUUUCAUGUAUGAAACAAGGAUACAGUGCACGACUGACUACACGCACAUCUUAUGAAUGGUGGAGGUGAAUAGUGAACGGCGCACUCUGUAAAAUCUCAUCUGUUAUCAUUCCAAGAAGAAAUAUGAAUUCUAGUGGGCGUGUUCUAUCACACAUCCUUUUUGUAAAGACCCCUGCAAGGGUCCUAGUUGAUAUCAAAUCGAAUAUUGAUGAUUGUUUGCUGGUCAUGGUUAAAACAUUUACCUCCCGAUAAUUUGGAGACUAUGCUAUGCCGCUCGACCUUGUUUUGCCAGGGCAUUCCACAGCUUCAUGGUCAUCCUGGAGCAAUAGUUUUAAUCAUCGCCACUGAAAGCAGUCAAUAUUUGAAUAUGCAAAAUGAGUCUUUCCAUUAGAGUAUCAUCACACUUUGAUAAAAUUUCACCUUGAUAAAAUCACAUGUUAACCUUGACGUUUUCAUUAUGCCUGUGCCUUUAAACUUGUGAGGCCUCUAGUCUCUAUCAGUACUUGGAGAUAUUGUUGUUACUUGCAAAGGUAUCUUUUCCAAACCAGUUGUAUCAUAGUCAUUCUCAAGCGUAUAACUAUUCCUUAAGACUUUUAACAGGUCUCAUUAUUUGUUUAAUGUGGUUUAAAUGGAUAAAUGUAGCAAUUGAAACAGUAAUUUUCAGUGAAAAGAUAGGUUGUUAGAGUUUAGGUCUUACAAUGCAGUUUGAUUUGUAUAACAUAUACUUGCCAGUUUUGGGCGAUAACUGUUUUGCACUUGUUUUUGUUAAACUUUAAUAACUUCUUGUCUUAUUUUUCAAAGAGUUCUUUCGUUAGUGUGAAUUCUCAGUAAGAUUCAAAUAAUGUUUAAAAGAAUUCUUUUUUAUAUGAGAUUCAUGAAAAAAAAAGUCUUCCAAAUCAUUGCCAUACUUGAGUAUAUCAGUAAACAAAAGGAGUAAAUUAGAUGAGAGAUUUCAGCUCACAACAACAGUUGAGCAAUGUCGAGCAAUGUAUGUCUUCAUAUCAGAUUAUCAGACUUGAUAUCACUGCCAUUGGUGUAUAGAAUAUAAUACAACUAAACAAGAAAGGGCAUUUCUGUUUGUUUGUACUGAUGUGUGUGUUUGAAUUUUCUAAUUUUUUCAGAGAUUUAAGAUAGGUUAUAACAAGAAAUAAUAAGCCUUGUACAUUAUGAUAUACUCAGAUGAGUAAAUUGCAAAUGUUUAACACAAUUUUGGGACUUCAUUUUAACAAGCAAAAAGCAGAUGUUUUUUGUAACCCCAUGUGCGUGACAUGUAACCAAAGUUCUUUGCAUGGAAUAAAACAGGCACAUUUUUUUGUAUUCCUACAUUUCAGCAAUUUGUUUACCUCUAAUGCUUAUAUUAUAACUCAAAAGCUGUAAAUAUUUAUUCAUAAGUGUCAUUUUAAAGUUCUAUGAACUCACUGCACUCCUUCACCAGAAACUUUCAUAACAUAACUGUAGUACAUGUCACAAAAUCGAUGAAUUGAAAUGUUGAACUUUAAGUUCAACAUUUCAAUUCAUCCAUUUUGUGACAUGUACCUUUCAUGAUUCUGGGUCACUCGCAAAAGUGGUGAAAAAAACUUUCAUUCUGCUUUCUUCGCACACCAUGCCAAAGCCCCCAAAAGUGAAAGGGAAAGAAAGAGGCCUUUGCUAAUAAUUUGUUGCAUCUACUGCAUCAUAUAAUUUCACGCUAUUAUAACAUUGUUCAAUUAUAGCAAAAUACAAUGAAACCUGUCUAUAAAGACCACCAUUAUGUACAGGUUCGUGUAGUGCAUGUUUCAAUGAAAAACCGUUUUUAAGGGAAACAAAAAAAAUUGGUCUUUGUAGACAGGUGGUCUUUAUAUACAGGUGGUCACUCUAUACAGGUGGUCACUGUACUCCUAAUGUUUCUUCACCGUAUCAUGCUACUUCAUAGUUUUGCACAUUCCUGGAUGUCAAGGUAUAUCUGUCAUUUUGAUUUACUUAGACCCAAGAAUAAACAAGAUUCUUGUCUGGGGAUAAUUUUUGUAUCAUGGUGAUGUGUUUAAAAGUUCACUGAGAUGUUCGAAAUAGUACUAUGUAUUAAGUUAUUAUGUUGAUGUUAUUUUUGUAUCAGUACCAUACAUGCACAUUAUAAAGCGCAUUAAACCUUGAUAUGCUGAUGUUAUUUAUAGAUAGUGAUAUAUCACAUUGCAGAUUGUUUGUGAUUAAUCAUUAAGAUUAUGUUGAUGACAGCCGAAUUCAACUUGCCAAGGUCGUUGACACAGUUUAUGUGUUCCACUACGUGCUGCAGUAUUAUUCUUAUAUUUGUUUAGGAAGGGUUUUGUCACUUAUGUGAGAAAAGUAGUCUCCAUGAAAAUCCAUUCUUACAGAAUUCCUGUGAAAAUGGUUAAUUGCCAUAGGGUAUUUGUUUUAAAAAUAUUCUGUAUGACAAAAAUUGACAUCAUUCCUUAAACUUAAGAUUUUAUUGUUUUUUUGUUGUAAGUAUUAUGUGCCAUGUGGGCUUUGGCACCAGGUUGGGUUUGGCAAUUGCUCUUUUCAAAAUGAUAAUUUACAACUUUCAAUGUUUACUUUCGUAAUGCAGGGAAUUAAAGAUAUGAAGAUGACCAUGGA